CCAGCCCCGGCAGGACCCCGCCAGCUGUCUAGGGAGCGACACCCCGGCAGGCAGAUGUCUGCCAACAGCUCCCCACCCCCAGCACCGAGGACGCAGCCGCCCGCCGUGCCCCCCGCGCCCUCGCCGACGUCCAGCCCCAAGACGGGACUCGCCGCCCGGCCGUCCAAUGGUGGCAGCUUCGGGGCCGCAUCGCUCACCGCCUCCCGCGGCUCCGUGCACACCGUGUCCUUCCUGCUGCAGAUCGGCCUGACGCGCGAGAGCGUGGCCCUGGACGCCCAGGAGCCGUCGCUGUCCGCCGUCAAGGACCUCGUCUGCUCCAUCGUCUACCAGAAGUUUCCAGAGUGUGGAUUCUUCGGCAUGUACGACAAAAUCCUCCUCUUCCGCCACGACAUGAACUCCGAGAACAUCCUGCAGCUUCUCACCUCGGCCGACGAGAUACAUGAGGGGGACCUGGUGGAGGUGGUGCUGUCAGCCCUGGCCACGGUCGAGGACUUCCAGAUCCGGCCGCACGCGCUCUACGUGCACUCGUACAAGGCGCCCGCCUUCUGCGACUACUGCGGGGAGAUGCUGUGGGGCCUGGUGCGGCAGGGCCUCAAGUGCGAAGGCUGUGGCUUGAACUACCAUAAACGAUGUGCCUUCAAGAUCCCCAAUAACUGCAGCGGCGUGAGGAAGCGGCGCCUGUCCAACGUGUCUCUGCCGGGCCCCGGCCUCUCGGUCCCAAGGACCCUGCAGACGGAGUGUGCGGCCCUGCCCGCGGAGGAGUCACACGUUCACCAGGAGCCCAGUAAGAGGAUCCCUUCCUGGAGUGGGCGUCCCAUCUGGAUGGAGAAGAUGGUGCUGUGCAGAGUGAAGGUCCCGCACACGUUCGCCGUGCACUCCUAUGCCCGGCCCACCGUCUGCCAGUACUGCAAGCGCCUGCUCAAGGGCCUCUUCCGCCAGGGUCUGCAGUGCAAAGAUUGUAAAUUCAACUGCCACAAGCGCUGUGCCUCGAAGGUCCCCCGGGACUGCCUGGGCGAGGUCACCUUCAAUGGGGAGCCCUCGAGCCUUGGCCCCGACGCCGACAUGCCCAUGGACAUCGACAGUAGUGACCUGCACGGCGACGGCGGCCGUGGCCUGGACGACACGGAGGAACCUUCCCGCCCCGACGACAAGAUGUUCUUCCUGGACCCAUCCGACCUGGACGUGGAGAAGGAUGACGAAGCCGUCAAAACCAUCAGUCCCUCCACGAGCAACAACAUCCCGCUGAUGCGCGUGGUGCAGUCGGUGAAGCACACCAAGAGGAAGAGCAGCACGGUGGUGAAGGAGGGCUGGAUGGUCCACCACACCAGCCGGGACGCCCUGAGGAAGAGGCACUACUGGAGGCUGGACUGCAAGUGCCUGACGCUCUUUCAGAACGAGUCGGGCUCCAAGUACUACAAGGAGAUCCCGCUCUCCGAGAUCCUGCGCAUUUCCCCGCCGCAAGACUUCUCGCACGUGCCCGCGGGCAGCAACCCCCACUGCUUCGAGAUCAUCACCGACACCAUGGUCUACUUUGCCGGCGAGGACAGCGGGGACAGCGCUCACAGCCCCGUCCUGGCAGCCGCCGGCGUGGGGCUGGAGGUGGCGCAGAGCUGGGAGAAGGCCAUCCGCCAGGCGCUCAUGCCCGUCACCCCGCAGGCCAGCGUGGGCACGGCCCCUGGCCCGGGGAAGGAUCACAAAGAUUUGUCCACCAGUAUCUCUGUAUCGAAUUGUCAGAUCCAGGAGAAUGUGGACAUCAGCUCUGUGUACCAGAUCUUUGCAGACGAGGUGCUGGGCUCCGGCCAGUUCGGCAUCGUUUAUGGAGGCAAACAUCGCAAGACCGGGAGGGACGUGGCGAUCAAGGUGAUUGACAAGAUGAGAUUCCCCACCAAACAGGAGAGCCAGCUCCGGAACGAGGUGGCCAUCUUACAGAAUUUGCACCACCCUGGGAUUGUAAACCUGGAAUGUAUGUUUGAAACCCCAGAGCGAGUGUUUGUAGUCAUGGAGAAGCUGCACGGAGACAUGUUGGAAAUGAUUCUGUCCAGCGAGAAAAGCCGCCUCCCGGAACGCAUCACCAAGUUCAUGGUGACGCAGAUACUUGUUGCUCUGCGGAAUCUGCAUUUUAAGAACAUCGUCCACUGUGACCUCAAGCCAGAGAACGUGCUGCUGGCAUCGGCCGAGCCGUUCCCACAGGUGAAGCUCUGCGACUUUGGCUUCGCGCGCAUCAUCGGCGAGAAGUCCUUCCGGCGCUCCGUGGUGGGCACGCCCGCCUACCUGGCCCCCGAGGUGCUUCGCAGCAAGGGCUACAACCGCUCCCUGGACAUGUGGUCCGUGGGGGUGAUCGUCUACGUGAGCCUCAGCGGGACCUUCCCCUUCAACGAGGACGAGGACAUCAACGACCAGAUCCAGAACGCGGCCUUCAUGUACCCCCCAAACCCGUGGAGGGAGAUCUCGGGCGAGGCCAUCGACCUCAUCAACAACCUGCUCCAGGUGAAGAUGCGGAAGCGCUACAGCGUGGACAAGUCGCUGAGCCACCCCUGGCUGCAGGACUACCAGACGUGGCUGGACCUGCGGGAGUUCGAGACGCGGGUCGGGGAGCGCUACAUCACGCACGAGAGCGACGACGCCCGCUGGGAGGUGCACGCCUGCACCCACAACCUGGCCUACCCCCGGCACUUCAUCAUGGCGCCCAACCCCGACGACAUGGACGAGGACCCCUAGG